ACACUUCCGGGUUUUUUGAAAUGUAUCAUUUCGCUUGUGAUGUAUCGAUGAAACUUGUUGCCCGGGCAGAGAAUAAAAAGGUGCCUGGCUGUAAUUAAAGCGACACUUUGUUUAAAUGCAAAAGAAACAGCGGCGGUGAAUACUGUCAUGCUGUGCGAAUGAGACUCUCACUGGACUCGCUCUGAUGGACUGAUGUUGCUCUGUUGUGCCUCAUGACCGGACGAACAGCAGCAUGACGCGCCUGAUGUUUCUAGCGGCCGCGGUGCUUCUCCUGUCCGCUCCUGCGAGCGCCUCUCCGGGGGACAAAGAGCCCGUCUAUCGCGACUGCGUCAAACAAUGCGUCCGGACCAACUGCACAGGGGCCCGACUGCGCGGAUUCCAGUCCUCUCAGCCUCCAUACAUGGCACUCACUGGGUGGACGUGUCGUGAUGACUGCAGAUAUCAGUGCAUGUGGACCACUGUGGGUCUGUACCAGGCAGAGGGCUACAGCGUACCACAGUUUCACGGGAAGUGGCCGUUUGCUCGUUUCCUGUGUUUUGAGGAGCCUGCGUCUGCGCUGGCGUCUCUGCUUAACGGUCUGGCAUGCCUGCUGAUGCUGCUGAGAUACCGCAGCGCCGUCCCUCGGCAGAGCCCCAUGUACCAUACCAUCACCGCCUUCUCACUGGUUUCCCUGAAUGCAUGGUUCUGGUCGACAGUGUUUCACACGAGAGACACCUAUCUGACAGAGAAGAUGGAUUACUUCUGUGCAUCAGCUGUCAUUCUUUACUCGAUCUACUUGUGCUGUGUCAGGACAUUGGGCUUGCGUAGGCCCGCAAUCUCCAGUAUGAUGGGAGCUCUGCUCAUUCUGGCCUUCACGUCUCAUGUGUCUUAUCUGACCUUUGUCAGUUUUGACUAUGGGUACAACAUGACUGCCAAUGCCACCAUAGGCAUGAUAAACCUGUUGUGGUGGUUGUGCUGGUGUUGGCUGAACCGCAGGAUUUUGCCGUACUGGUGGAAGUGUGGGAUGGUGGUGCUCUUACUGCAUGGCCUUGCCCUGCUGGAGCUGCUGGAUUUCCCUCCUCUCUUCUGGGUCCUAGACGCCCAUGCCGUCUGGCACCUCAGCACCGUGCCCGUCCACUUCCUUUUUUACAGUUUUCUCAUAGAUGACAGCCUUCACCUCCUCAACACAGAGAAGCCUGGAGUGAAACUGGACUAGGAGGAAACAGUCUCAGAACCACAACCCUCCUCUGAUAUCCUUCCCAUCUGGGCAAGUGCGAACCGGACUGAGCCAUGCCUUAACCGCAGUGGCUUCCGGCACAUGUCCUAGGGCUGAAGUUCAGAAUUUCAUUGUUUUCUUUGUUUUUACGGUUUAUUUUUACCAUAACUUUUUAUUUUUGCAUUGUACAGAAAGGGUUGUUGUUUGGGCUGGUUUUGAAAAUGUGCCACUGUACUGUAGUUGAAACCUGAUAGAUGUUUGCAUUCACUUGAGCUUUGCCUUCAAUUAAGAAGUGAAUCAGCCUUUAUCAUCACAGCACUCUUUAAAAAAGGUGCACUGAAUAAUAACCUUCAUUUGCAGAUGAAUAUCUUCACAUAAGUUGUUCAUAUCUCCCAUUCAUAUCCGUCUACAUUUGUGGUGCUUGAUUUAGUGUCCCUGAAGUGAAUAUAUCUCAGAGAUAUAAGUAGAUUGAGCUUUAGUUUUAAACAUCCGUUCACUAUAAGCGUGCUGAACGUCAAGAGGGGUUAUGAGAGAGCAGUGUGCUCAGUUUCUGAGACCUGUGGCGGUUACCUCACUAGGGUCAACACCAGUGGCUACCAGCAGAGGGAACACUUCCAUACUGCGAAGUCACUUUUCGUUCACUGUUCUGUGAAUUCCCAUCAUAGAUUUGUGAUGGAGUGGAUGUUUUGUUGUUGUAGCAGUACAUAUAUCAAGUUUCCCAUUUUUCCAUAGUCAUCACUCACUUUAAAAACUAUAAAUAGAAAUCGUCCACACACAAAUGAAAAUUAGAGUUGAAAAUGAAUAUAAGGAAAAGUUUAGUAGAAUGUUCAUAUAAUAAAAAUAAAAGGUGAUCAUUGACCGACAAGCUUUAAAAAUGACAAAAAGUACCAUUAUAAAGGGGCUCUAUAGGCCUAUUCACAUCAAGAACGAUAACUAUGAAGUUUGAAAAUGUUCUAAUUCUGUUAGAAUAAAGAAGUUUCCAUCAUUAUAACAAUGAUGACACAGGAAUGAUAUCAUUGGAGUCACUUUCAGAACAUUUGUUUUGAUAAAAACAUUGACAGCCAAUCAGAAUUCAUCUUGCUUUGAAGAGCUCAAGCAUUUUAUUGAAAAUCAAGUUUUUAAUGUUGUUUA